AUGGAGAAUGAACGGCAGCUCUUCGACCGUCUCGGCCGGCUGCUGUCGCAGACUGGUCCGGGGGCGCUGCCGUACGCCGAGCGCAACAAGAGAGUGAUCCGGGAGCAGCUCUGUGCACUGGUCCAGUCCUACCCGCUUCUGCGCAUCCUGGACGACAGAGAGUUCACGUUCAACAACGGCGCCACCGCGCGGUUGCUGCGCGCGGAGGGAACUGUGCCUAUCCACUACAAGGGAGCUCGAUACAACAUCCCAAUGGAAAUAUGGCUCCCGGAGAGCUUCCCGAACGACAGACCGAUCGCCUUCGUUGUCCCGACGCACAGCAUGAUCAUUCGCACCGGCCACCGCCACGUGGACCCCAACGGCGACACCCUCACGCCGCAACUCCAGUCUUGGAGCUGGCCGCCCUCGAACCUCCGCGCAGCGGUGGACGAGAUCUGCGCGAUAUUCUCGGCGGAUCCCCCGUUGUUCAGCAAGGCGGCCGCCCCGGCCCAUCAGCCGCAGCGCCCUCCGCCGCACGACGCCGCGGCGCGCCCGCACGGGUCGCAUUUCAACGGCCAAGCGUACGGGCAGCAGCCCCCGCCGCCGGCCGCGCACGCGCACGCGCACGCGCACCCCGCGCCGGGUCGCUACCCAGCGGUGAACCAGCCCAGCGCACAGCCACCCGCCCCCGCCAUGCACGGGCCCGCGCUGGGCUACCCGCCGCCCCCGCAGCCCCACGGACAGCCCUACGGCGGCGCACCGUUCGACCGGCCGUCGCCGAUGGGAGCACCCCCCCCCGGGGCCUACGGCACACCCCCCCCUCAGAUCCACGGAGACGCCCGCCAGAACUCGCACGGGCACGCGCAGCCGGGCGCGGGGUACCCGAGCAAGCCGUCCGCGUCCGCGUCCGCGACGCCGCCGGCGCACGCGCGGCCGCCCGCUCCAUCCCGCAGCAAUCCGCAACUCGCGGCGCAACCCACGAAGCGCGACCUGGACCAGGCCGCGAGAGACGGAGCGAUGCUGCACCUCGUCCCGCUCGUCACAAGGUGCAUCGCGGCCGCCGAGGAGGCCGAGGCGGACCGGGCACGAGCCCAGGUGGAUCUCGGCAAGCGAGUGGACCGGGACCUCGCUACCGCGCGCGGGGCGCUGCAGCAAGUUCAGGAGGAGAGAGCAGCCGUGGAACGGGCGGCCUCGCAGCUCUCGCAGGUCCGCGACAAGCUGCGGACGUGGCUGGACUCCCACUCGCACCUGCGAAGCGGCGCCGAGGCGCCGGCGCUGGACGGGCUGGUGGUGCCGAGGACGGCGGCGGCGGGGGAGCAGAUCGCUGCGGAGUGCCGGGCCAGGGCGUGCGACGACGCGAUCGGGCUGCUGGACAGGGGCUUGCGGCGGGGAGCGCUCGCGCCGGAGCCGUACUUGCGCCUGGUGCGGCACCUCGCCUGCGAGCAAUUCUUCGCAUUGCAUCGCGCACAGGGCAAGCGGGCCGCGACGCUGAUCGGGAAGUAG